UUCAUAGGGUUGCUUGCCUAUUGAUAAAUGAAGAAAAGUUAAAAAUUACUUAAAUAAAUAAUUUCAAAAUUAACAACUAAGGCUUCUGAACUCCAGAAUGGCCUCUCAGAAAACCAGCAUCUCCUGGUAGCUUCCUAUCACUCUUCUAUAUUGUCUCAAUUUACAUCAGAUUUAUCAGAUUGACCGUUAAUCCUAAACAGUUCGUAUUUCAAUUCAUUGAUGGCUGACGUCAACACAGCCACAGAUGAAGGGCUCUUGGGCAAAAAUAUAGUUUUCAGGAGGAGCACCAUGUUGAUGAACACAACAAAUGGUACCUACUAAGUUUCUAUACUGUGGUGUGUUUUUUUUUUCUUCUCGCAAUUGUUUUCCCCCACUAACAACAUUUUUGAAGUAUUCCUGGAAAUUAUUGUAUGACAUCACCGCAAGCCCCACACUUUAUUUUGCCAGGCUUUGUUUAACCUGGUGCCCCCUCCCUCCCUGCCCGCCCCCCUUCUUCCAGACCACGCCUCUUUGCAGGCGGAGUACAAAAGCGUCCAUCGUCCGACCCCCCUCACCAGUUGAACACCAGACCGGAGCGCAGGUAAAUCCAAAGGUUUCAGACUCGCAGCUUUAGCGGAUGAUGAGAUUACAACGCUCUGCCGUCACUUGCAUUAGUAUACAAUAUUCAUCCCGACAACGAGGACUUUGACGUUCGCCAUCAACCGAAACCAGAUUCGUCUUUAGGAUGCCUUUCCCUCCUAUAAACCUCCAUACCAGGAUCUCCUCUCCUGGAAGGGACCUGUUCCGGAGGAAGAAAGCCAAUUUAGUGCCUUCCCACUCUAUCUUUUCCAACAAAUCGGGAGAAGAGAUUGAAUCGGAUAAAGAAAAGAUGUCUAUGUCUUGGUCAUCCGCCAACUUGAGGAACUUGGGGAGAAAACCUCAACAACCGAAAACUAAACUCCCCGCGCAGAAGCCGGCCACCGGACCGGACACCGAGGUCAAAAGCUCGUGGCUGAGUUUACCCAAACCCCGGGACUCCUGCAACAGUGUGACGCGUUCGAGCUCCAUGGAGUCCACCACACACCGUGGAAGCAAGCAGUCCUCGCGGAGCUCCCUAGGGAAAGAUGAAGGAGAGAUUCAGUUUUCUCUGAGUCUCACACCCGAAGCCAUUCUUGUUAUUCAGAAGCGUAAUUUAGAAAAGCAAAUGAUGGCCAAACAGCAGAAGUGCUGUGCGUCGGCGGACUUCCGGCACAGGAGACUGUUCCCAUCUAAAAGGGCGCAGGGGGGCUCUAAGAGCAGCGCGCCUGUCGUCAAAUUGGAGGGCUCGGAGGAUAUCACCACCAUCGUCAAAAUCUCUCUGCUGAACGAUCAGUACAAGUACGACGACGUGGAGUACGAGGAGGAGGACGGGGACGUGGACGAGACGGUCCUGAGGAAAUGCAGAGAGUGGCUGAAAGGAGUGGAGAGUGCUGCCGCUUUCGGGAAAGUUGACAAACUUGCCUCUCUCCCGCACCUUAAAGGUUGUUGACGUCCGUCAUUACUGACCAGUCUUGUAUAGGAAAUCCAACUAAACGGAGUGGACGACAUUCCUGGGACGAUAAGGGGUUGCGAACCAGUACGCACGACGAAAGCCUUUCUUUGCACUGCGGGGACUUUACUUUGUAGGGAGACUUGUAGACCUGCUGAAUUAAGUACCUUAAAUUCAUAGUGACAGACUUCUGUUAUGUUCUUUGCACGUGGAUUUUGUUUUCGGUUGGGCACAUGUAGUUGGCAGAGGUUGGUGUCUGACGGAAUGUUGGUGCGCGCACCAGUGGCAUCCCUCGAGUCACAAACUAGGCUCCUUUGUGUCCUGCCGGGAACAAUAGCUGUCAACGGCAACAGGCUCUGCGCGCGCCUUCUGCCGGCAACAAGCUGUCCAUUUAACCUUUUCUCCCAUGAGAUACUGUUGUUUUAAUCUUAUGUGUAGAUUAUUGUUAUGUACAGUAUUUAUGAAUCGAACAAGGCCUUUUUGCAAAUGUUUGUUUUCUCAAUUUCUUGACAUUUUUAUGCUAUUUGUAUGAAGUAAAAUGAUUUAAAUCAACUUG